CGGCGCGUGUCAACUCCAGGAAGCGCAGGGUCUAUGUAGCCGCCUCGUCCGCAGCCGCCGCCGCCAUGCAUUGUGGGGCAGCGGCAGCAGAUCCAAGAUGGCGGCCAGCAGGAGGCUGAUGAAGGAGCUUGAAGAAAUCCGCAAAUGUGGAAUGAAGAACUUCCGUAAUAUCCAAGUUGAUGAAGCUAACUUAUUGACUUGGCAAGGGCUUAUUGUUCCUGACAAUCCUCCGUACGACAAGGGUGCGUUCAGAAUCGAAAUCAACUUUCCAGCAGAGUAUCCAUUCAAACCUCCCAAGAUUACAUUUAAAACAAAGAUCUAUCACCCUAACAUCGAUGAAAAGGGGCAGGUUUGUUUGCCAGUAAUUAGUGCUGAAAACUGGAAGCCAGCCACCAAAACUGAUCAAGUAAUCCAGUCCCUCAUAGCACUGGUGAACGACCCCCAGCCCGAGCACCCACUUCGGGCCGACCUAGCUGAAGAAUACUCUAAGGACCGUAAAAAAUUCUGUAAGAACGCUGAAGAGUUUACAAAGAAAUAUGGUGAAAAGCGACCAGUGGACUAAAAAAAAACAAAACCCUGACAGAGUUGAUGUCAGCCAUGUGUGAUAGAAGAUCUGGAGCAGUGCAUUUCAGACACACCACAAAGCAGGACUCUAUGGGAAAUUGACAAGUGCCACCUCUCGGUGUUAACUUGUGGCUGUUACUAACUUUCUACAGUUUCUUAAUCAAAAGUGGGCUAGGUAACCUGUAAAGAAAGGAUUAAAAAUUUAAGAUGUUCUAGUUCUGCUUUCUUUGUUUAAAAUCACUGCUUCAAUAUACUUUUAAAGGAUGCUGUUUCUCUUUUUUUUUUCCUUGUCAGAAUUUAUCAAAAAUAUCGUAGACUUAUAAUCUGCCCUUAAAAGUUCAAAAGGUUGUGGCUGUUAUUUCUUAUUUUCCUUACAAUUCCUUCCUCCCACAUUUAAGUUUUCCCUCUUAUCCUUCCCUCCCCCCACCCCAAAAAAAACACCCCACCCCAAAGAAACAAAACCCCACCAUCGCACUGAUGUCUUAGCAAAAUUAUCUCAUUGUCCUGGCAAAAGAAAAGAAAAGAAAGAGUCGAAUGUUUGGCAGUUUUGCUUCCUUUAUCCCUCUUUAAAAUGUUGCACUGUGCUUUGUGGAACUUGGUCUCAAGUUUCUCUUAACUCCAGUUUGUAACGUAAUAAAAUCUACCACAUGUACUCCGUAAAAUAAUCAGAACCGAGCCUAGAUCUCGUGUAAAUUCGGCUGAUGUGACUACAAUAAUGUUUAUUAAAUGGGAAACUCCAGGCUUUGUAUGCAUGAGUGAAUUACAGUAUGACUUAAGUCCUGUUUCUGAGAAAUUUUUGAUACAGGAUUUUCUGUAGCAAAAAGGAAUAGUGGGAUGUGAUGAUUUUUUUUUUUUAAGAUUUAUUUUACACUUUUAUUCUUAGCAUCUAUGCAGACUAUUAGAAGAUUUAAUUAUUCGGAACAGCAUUGCAAUGGGGAAAUUUGCAAAUUAGGGACCAAGAGGUACCAAAAUGGAGGGGAGGAAAACAAAGUUCCCCCAGCCAACCCCCACUUUUUCGGGAGGGUUACAGAAGUAAAACGUCAUGCAGUGUUAAUUUCAGAAAACAAAUUGCUAGUCAUUGAACACAGUUGCCAUCUAAUUACCCCUCUCCUGUGGAAUUUACCUUCCCGUAAUGAUGGAUUGUCUGAUUGUUACUGGAAACACAAGAAAUUUCUGUUCAGCAGUAAGUGGCCAGGGCAUACUGCCAUUCAUAAAAUUCUUCUGCGAAAUUCGCCGUUCUAAAAUUGAGCUGUAAUCAUUUUCAGGGGUCAGCCAAACUUAAAUGUAUUUCUUUCUUUCUUUUUUAAUCCCAGGCAUUUCUUCUCAAGUAAGGUGAAGUUCUACCCCUUUAUAACUUGAAACAACACCCUUCCGGUUUCAUUUUUAGUGUUUUAAUGUUUAGGAUACCGUAAGAUACGAUCUAGCCAUGUGACCAAAAGUGGCUUCUGAGCUGCUGAGCUUUAAACGCCUGGUUCGAGUGAGCAUUUGGACCCCGAUCCCUGUGGAAACUUAGUAGAGCGCAAGUAGAACAUAUCAUAUUCUAUUUUGCAGGAACUUGCAUUAGUAAACCUUUCCAUGCCCAGGUGGGUAAUUGUAAGGAGUUUGGAAGUAGGGCUUUGCCUUUGCUACAUUUUAGGGCUAAUGUACGUCAGGGGAGCAGUAGAGUAACCUUUUGGAUUUUUAAUGUUUUGUGUAUACCCCUCUCUCCCCUCCUUCCCCCCUCCCAACUUUUGAUUUCAAACCGUAAAAGAUUGACAGCCAAGUACCUCUCUGUUGAAAAGUAAAAAAAACAAACAAAAAAAGUUUUUUCUUUUAUAAGUUGGGCUAUGAAGCAUCUCUGUUUUAAGUGUUCUUAGACAAAAUUCUUUGGUAGGCGAUUAAAGUAAAACAAAAAACAAAAAAAACUACCUUUUACUUAAUGGACACUUGCAUUUCCUUAAGUGUGUGUGUUCAGGCUUGGUGACCAGCACUGUCUAUUUACCAAAAUUUCCACAAUUUUUUUGUGUCUUCAUUUGCAGAAAGUUGGUACUGACUUUGUUUCAUUCACGCUCACGCAGAUUCAAAAUAAACAAAAAAAAUAUGCCAAAUUUCACCUGUCAAGCUGAAGUGUAUGUAAAUCCUGCAUUGCCAGCGCUUCUCACUUGAGCCCCGUUGGGUUUUCACCGCCAGUCGCAUCCGUUAGCAUGGUUAGCCCCCUAGUUCCGUACACGCACAGCUCUCAUGUUAUCCGUCACUCUUGUUAAUGUCGCUAGUGAGAAUAUAUAGCUUUUCAAUUGUAAACUUCUCAGGUCAAAACUGCCUAUAUGUGAACUGGUGCUCUCUGAAAAGGGCCUGUAUUGUUCAAGGAGCCACUGUUGAGAAUCCCCACCUUUUGUGCUGCUCUGGUGUUGCUUCCUAUUACCACCUAGGAAUGGAGGCAUGCCUGUUUUUAACCUCUCGUCUUGAGAUCAGGCAAUGUAUAACAGUUCUUGGUUUGAGAGGCUAGUUCGCAUGCUAGAAAUGGAUCUGUCCUGAGAGAUGCAUCGGUGCAGAGAAUGUUAACACACGACACAGAACCUCUGCAGGCGCAGACAUUGUCUUAUGACAGCAGUUUCUGUAGUCACGGCGUUGCACAUUUUACUUUAGGUUCCCCAGUUACGGAAACUGUUUCUGCAAUUGCAUUCAGCGCCUUGCUCUCUCAGGCAAGGCUUCCCACUCUCCCCUAGAACAGCUGGGCCGCAUCUGAUGGAAGAAAAUUCAAAACACGCAAGAACCGGAAGGCUUCAGAUCCUGCUGCUACUUCUUUAGUUACAAGAUUAUCCCCCUUGCCUUCAGCUGUGCCUCUCAAAAGAUCCCACAAACUCCUGCCAAUCAGCAAGGAAGAGUUUUUGUAGGUGCAUAAAGCGGAUGGUCAGGUGGGCUUCUUGCAAAGGGGUGUCCCAUUUAAACUAGUUUUCCUAAGAGGAGGGCCUCAGUGGCUAAGGCCAAUUCUUGCAGCACUGAACCCAGUCCAGAGAUUCUUCUCUUCCCACUCGACCCCAGUCCCUGAAAGCCGAUAAAUGGUCUUCUUACUCCUGGAUAUUAAGAGGUUCACUUCUAUGCAUAAUGACAGGAGUUAGAGGGAAGCGGGAGCCUGCAAAUCCAAGGCCCAUUUCUUUUACACACAGUUGUGGGGUGGGGGUUGCAUUGGCCAACAAGACUGCCCCCCCAUACACCGUAGAGCAGUGUAAUUUGAGGCAUGCAUGAAAGAAGAGUACUAUGGCGAUGCAAUGUCAACUCAGGCGUUCACACUUUUUUCUUCUGGUUCUGUCUGGUUCUUCAAACAAAGCUGAAUUCUAAACUUGUCGUUUUGAGAUCCAAGUCUACACCACCUUUUCUUGUAUUGGUCUAGGCUUUCUUGCAAUUCCAUUCUGCUACCCUGAAUAAAAAUGCUCUCAAAGGCUUUGUGGCA